GGACCUCCAUCGUCUGACAUGUACGGAGCGGAACCAAAUGAUUCGGCCCGUUUAGAAGGAAAAAGAAAACAAGGAAGCAAUAUGGUCCUGCCGGCGCCAACACGCAGCAAAAGGUUUUUUCUCGCUCACCAGCCAAUAGCCGUAAGAGCUUGAGCUUGCUUGGACGGAUCCAUUAGUAUUACGGCUUCCACGAUCGCCACAAUCACAUCAAGAGAUGUGAAUGGCACAGGUGAUUCGUCCGCUUGGCAGAGGCGAAGAGGGAAGAUGAUGUAUGAACAGGAUUUGUCAAGUGAGACACUUGUGUCAUUUAUGUGUGCGCAUCCGACACACACGUAACGAUGCCACCUCCCGACUUUGUCCGCAACUCGUUUCAUUUCAAUGGCGAGCGUGUCUACUCAACCCCAGCCAUUUCGAGGCUGAACUUGCGAGGCGUAGGUCUCACUUGCACCACCACCAGUUUGCAGUCGGUCUGACAGUGGCAGUUGCUAACGACGCGACGUCGCCACUUUAUAGUCACAACUCGUGAAGAGAAAAAACCAUGGUACCGACAGCUCAGCUCACUGUCGCCGUACCGACGCCAAUUCGGCCUCGCGCGUUCCUCAGUCGACCUGGGUCACCACUCGGGCAAAAACAACUCUCACCACGAUGCGGUUCCAUCUCCGCACCAGAUCCCUUCGCGACGCGCUCGACUUCCUCUGCGAGGGGUCAGCUCAGUCGGCUUACCAUUGUGCGCGUGCCACAGACGAAAACCGUAGCAGACGCAGCUAGAGGAGGUGGGAUGAAAAGCAGUAGACCGAGCUUGAAGUUGAGAACCACGUCGAGUCCGACGCGCCUCUCAUUUGCUUCCGCAUCGUUUUCUGCACCCAAUUCACCUGUGCAAAUGCCGCGUCCUAUAAGCCCGAGGCCAGGUAGUCCUUCCCAGCUAUCUUCAGCCGCGCCAUAUUCUCAGGCUCCAGGGCGACCACUGUCACCAGUGCUCAGCGCAAAACUUGCCAGGUCGAAUUCUAAUACUUUGCACUAUUCUUCCGGUGCUGCCGUACAACUCUCGCCAAAGCAGGUAUACGACUUGGCUAAGGUUGCCACUCGUACAAGUAUGAACCAGUCUCCAGUCGGCUACGCCCUGCCAGAAUCAUUUACGGAACUCACGGAUGACGUAUUCCUCCCAUUCCUCGACCGACCCUCUGAAGUGCGCGCCCUCAUCUCAAGCGCAUCAAACGCGAGAAUGAUGAUGCAUUUCGCACAUAUUCUUCCUCCUUCCAACGAGGAGUAUUACGAGCGCACGUCAUGCGAAUUGGCCGCGACGAUCGGAUCGUGGUGUUUUGAGGACUUUGUAACGUGGUUGACGGAGGUCUCGCGUGAGGAGAUUGAGGAUGAGGUGUGGGUGCGCGCGUUGCGCACUUUUGUCUUGCCGAAAAGUGAGGUGCUUUGGGAGAAGUUGAAGAGUGUGCUUGGUAUCCCGCCUGAACUUGACGUCGACCCGCAUGAUGAUUUCACGUCUCAUGACGUUGGGACCACUGUCACUCGACCAAAGGAACCUGCUCUCAACAUUAUUCCGAUUCGCCCUAGCUCCGUCUCUGCAAAUCAUCAUCUCGUUGGUAUAGCGGAAGACAAGGCGGCUGACGGUAUAGACGAGAUUCUUGGUUUGCGAAUAACGACACCAAUUGCCUUCCCGCCUUCAGCAGUGAAGAAUGUCACAUCUGCACCUUGCACACGUGCACGAACACCGUACCAAAGCACGAUUCCUGUCCACUCCUCGCCACUUGCACCGAAAACCCGCAGUCCGCCGAAGUUGGACUCCACUCCCGCCUCUCGUAUGGUGGUAAAAAAUAAAACCAAACCUGCUACGAAUGGUGGAUCGGUCCCCGUUGUGAAGGCGCAUUCAAAAGAAGCUGCACGACCUCUGUUCCCCACGAGUUUCGACAAGUUGGGAUGUACACCGGCGUUAUUGAGCGUCAGGUAACCCACCUGAAAACUCUGGCUCCCUGAUCUUUUUUCCACUAUUUUUAUGUUGUCUUCGGCUGGAUCUGGAACAUUGAAACCCCCUCUCUUGAUUAUGCACUUGUUAUACGUACAUGCACGCAUUUGUAAUUAUCUUCAAUCAAUCUCAUUGUUGUUGGUUUGCUCUC